CGAGCGUGUGGCGGAAGUUUGUACUCGUCCAUGAAGCGAAAAGAUAGUGGACUGCAUUCCGCAGAGGAUUAGCGGCUCGGCUCCAGCGUUCGAAAGGCAUGAAGUGGGGCCCCAAUCGAUGUCCUUGCACUCACUCCUUCACGUGACUCGGAGAGAAAAAUAGCUAUGACCCUGCCUGGAGCUUCAAAAGGAUAAGAAAAAAAAUAAUAAAAAAAAAAAAACUGCGGGGAAAUCAAGGCUGCAUGGAUUGGCUGGUAAAUGAACCUACAGUUGAAUACGAGGACCACAAACCCUGCAGCUCUCAUUCUUUUUCCUGAAGAAGAGUUGUACAAGUGAGGAAAGAUAGCGACGCUGUAUCUGUGUGGCUGAAAGACCAGUGUAGCAGCUGAGCGUUGCAUCGUGAUGCCAAGAUGCUGCUAUCCCUGGGAAUGCUGAUGUUGUCGGCCACGCAGAUCUACACCAUCUUCACCAUUCAGCUCUUUGCGUUCCUCAACCUGCUGCCUGUGGAAGCCAACAUCGCAGCUUUCUCGUAUGACAACAAAACUAAGAAUUUUGAUGACCUCCCUUCACGGUUUGGGUACCGACUACCAAGUGAUGGAUUGAAGGGUUUCCUGAUUGGUUCACGACCAGCGAAUGCAUGUGAGCCCAUUGAGCCCCCCCCGAGGGACAACCUGACGGGUGCCUUCAUUGUCCUUAUCAAACGCUUUGACUGCAACUUUGAUAUUAAGGUCCUCAACGCACAGAAAGCUGGGUACAAGGCAGCCAUUGUUCAUAAUGUGGACUCUAAUAACUUGAUCAGCAUGGGCUCCAAUGAUUUGGACUUGAUGAAGCAGAUUGAGAUUCCCUCUGUGUUUGUCAGCGAAGAUACGGCCACCUCUCUGAAAGACGACUAUCUGUUUGACAAAGGGGGCCGUGUGAUCCUCAUGCCAGAUUUCAGCCUCCCAUUAGAGUACUACUUGAUCCCAUUCCUCAUUAUAGUUGGAAUCUGCCUUAUCCUUAUUGUUGUCUUCAUGAUUACAAAGUUUGUCCAAGAUCGACACAGGGCUCGGAGGAGCCGCUUGCGCAAAGAUCAGUUAAAGAAACUCCCGAUCCACAAAUACAAAAAGGGUGACAUCUACGACGUUUGUGCCAUCUGUCUGGACGAGUACGAAGAAGGAGACAAACUCCGGGUCCUGCCGUGUUCUCAUGCCUACCACAGCAAGUGCGUGGACCCUUGGCUGACCAAAACCAAGAAGACGUGUCCGGUGUGCAAGCAGAAGGUGGUCCCCUCGCAGGACGACUCCGACUCAGAGGAGAGCGGCGGUGAGGAGAACGACGAGGCCUCUGAAAGCACCCCGCUGCUGCGCUCGCUGGCCUCCACCAGCGCCCACUCCUUCGGCACCAUGUCGGCGGCGUCUCCCUCCGACCGCAGGCAGGAGGAGUCGUCCUCUGAGUACGAGGACGACGAGCUGGACGGAAGCAGCGACGGCGAGGAGGAGGAGGUCAACGUGGAGACCGUGGUGGUCCAGAUGCAGCGAUCGAGCCCUGAAGGCCACGAUCACAACCUGCUUCAAGCUUGACUCUUUAUUGGGGACCCCUCAAAAGACGCUGCUUACUUUAAUAUACGCUCCCUCGCAUAUUCAAAUGUACGUUUCAUCGCGAGAUGGUGAAUGAAGUAUUGAAGGAGGUCCGUCGUUCACCUGUUAUAGGACGACAUACGCAGACCGUAUCAAAAGCACUCCUGAAAAUCCAAGACGACGUCCAGAAGAGCACCACAUAAAUACACACAUCACAUCAUCAUCAUCGUGGAUAAACUAUGUAUGACACUCUCUCAACAAUUUUUAUAGUACAUCUAGAUAGUACUUGGUCAACAUUUAUGCCACUUCUACUUCAGCCACACGUUUUUUAGUAGGAAGAACAGUUUAAGGCCGUCACUGAAAAAAGACGUCAUGUUACAAGAAAUAAGUGAUAGUGUUGUAAAAAUAAAGUUUUAAUAAUACCCACAAAAA